AUGACAAUCGUGACGAGACGAUGAAGAAAUCCUACGAAUGACAUAAAUCCCAUUGUAUAUAAACGAUUCCGUGUCGAUGGAGAUCAGUCAUUUGUACUUCCUAGACACGAGGCUCGAUCUUUCUCUCUCGUCGUUAGUGAUCAACGAAUCGGUAUUAAUUUCGGGGAUCGGUCGGAAACGGUGCGUGAACUAAUGUUCGUCGUGUUUGUAUUGCUUCUGAGCGUCGUUCGGAGCCAUGGGAACGACAAAACCGCGGUCGUCGAGGAUCACAAGGACGUGGACCCUUACAAAUUCAUCGGAACCAGCCCCAAACAACACUCCGAGCGUCAAAUCUUCGACUUCCGAAAGAACGGUUUCCGUGUGGACGUCAGAGUGGUGCCAGCUGCGAAAAAUGAUUCCUCAACGACCGAUGAUAGCGACAACUUCCCAGAAUUUCCCACGAAAGACAUAGGCCGUUGUAUCAUUGAUUUCUCUUUGGUCUGCGCGAAGAAACGUUUCGGUCGAUUCUUGGAGUCUAUUGGCGAACUGAACGAGAUAUAUCUGAUGGGUCGAGAAAUAAAAUUGGUGAAAACACGGGUGAUAAAUGAUGACAGCAGAAACGAGACUAACGACGGGAUCGAGCGUGGCAUAAAUGAUUUCUUCGACACGUUCGCCCUGAGGAUCACGUUGCCACGAUGGAACGGCAGACGGGAAAAGAAUCAGAUCGAUCUUAUGUUCGACGAAACUGCUCUGUCCGAAGGACGAGGGAAAGGGGGCGGAGGCGGAGGAGGAGGUGGCGGUGGCGGCAAAGGUGGAGGCGGUAAAUGCAAGAUGAUGAUGAUGGCCGGAUUAAUGAUGCUCAAAAUGAAGAUAAUAGGUAUAGCAUCGGUGAAGGGUAUGAUGAUGUCGGGCAUGUCUCUCAUGAUCUCCAUGGCCAUGUUGAUGCACAAGUUCGUGAAGGGUGGAGGAGGCCAGCAUGGUGGUGGUGGUGGAGGUGGAGGUAAUAUUUAG